GUCCCUCUCCCCGUGUCCAUCUCCCCGUGCCCCUCUCCCCGUCUCCCCGUGUCCCUCUCCCCGUGUCCCUCUCCCCGUGUCCCUCUCCCCGUGUCCCUCUCCCCGUGUCCAUCUCCCCGUGUCCCUCUCCCCGUGUCCAUCUCCCCGUGUCCCUCUCCCCGUGUCCCUCUCCCCGUGUCCCAUCUGUCCAUCUCCCCGUGUCCCUCUCCCCGUGCGGGUGCAGCUGCAGGGUCAGCUGAAGCGCCGUCUGGACGAGAGCCCCUCCCCGGCGCCUCCUCCGCCCCCCUCGUCGGCGCCCCCGGACCGGCCCAACGGCGCCCUGGGACCCGGCCCCCCAGACCCCUCAUCGUCGGGCCCCCCCUCAUCCUCGUCGGCCCCCCCCUCCUCCUCCUCGUCGUCGUCGUCGUCGUACGUCGCGGGCCCCAUGGCCAAGCUGGCGCGGCGCGGAGACCCUCCCGACUUGGGCGCCCGCUCCGGCACCACCGCCGUCGUCAACAACAACAACAACAACCCCGACAUCAAAUCGGAGCUGGGCACUCACCCGCAGCAGCACCACGGCCGCCACCACGGCCACCACCACGGCCACCACCACCACGAUCACCACCCGCACCACCACCACCACGGUCACCACCACCACGGUCACCAGCAGCACCACCACCAGCAGCAACAACAGCAUCAACAUCAACAUCAUCAGCAGCAGCAGCAGCAGCAUCAGCACCAUCUGCUACAACAGCAGCAGCAGCAGCAGCAUCACAACCACGGGGCGACGCAGCCAAUGUCAUCGUCGCCCCGUCUCGACCCGGGCACUCUCAAGAACGGGCAGAACGGCUCCUGCGCGGCACCACCACCGGCACUACCGCCUGUACCACCGCCGGUGACGACGCCGGGAGACUCGGCCGGUGCCGGCGGCGGCGGCGCUCCCCCGUUCGUGCUCAAGCAGGAGCCGGCGGACGAGCUGGACAGCGCCGACGAGAUGAUGCAGGGCCCUGACUUCUUCGACACGGAGCUGCAGGACAUCCUGGACGAGCUGACGCGGGGUCUGGGCGACGAAGACAUGAACGGCAUCGACUUCGACAGCAUGCUGGGCGGAGCGGGCGCCGGCGGGGCGGGCAACAGCAGCAGCAGCAGCAGCGCCGGCGCCGCCGCCACGAACAGCAGCAGCGGCAGCGGCAAUCGCAGCCAAAGCAGCAGCAACAGCGGCAGCAAUAGUCACGGUGGUGGCGGCAUCGGUAAGAAUAUCGGCGGCUGUGGCAUCGGCUCGGCCGCGGCACCGUCUGCGGUUUGUUCGACGGACGAUGCCGGCGCCAUCCAUCAUCAUCAGCAUCAGCAGCAGCAGCAUCAACAGCAGCAGCAGCAUCAGCAGCAGCAGUUGAACAAGCAGGCGGUGGCGGCAGCAGCAGCGGCGGCCGCAGCUGCCGCCGCCGCUGCCGCGGCCGCUGCGGCAGCGGCAGCCGGCGCCAACGGCACCGCCGCCAAGUGCUCCCCGCUCGCCGGCGCUCCCAGCCCCGGGCUGAGGCAGGUCAUGUCGCCGGGCUAUGGCAACUUGGUGGCGAACUCUCCCAUGAGGCCGCUGUCCUCCUCCGGGCAGCAGCAGCAGCAUCAGCAGCAGCAGCAGCAGCAGCACGUGCCGUCACCACAGCAUCAGCAGCAACAGCAGCAGCUGACUUGCCGGUCGUUCCACGGACAGAUCGAACCAUCGCCGGCCCAGCAGCUGCAGCAGAUCGCCGCUAGCCAGCAGCGCGCCAAACUGCAGCAGCAGCAGCAGCAGGUGAUGAACUGGCCACCCAUGACGCAGCAGCAGCAGCAGCAGCAGCAGGGCUUUGCGUCCUCCCACGCCGCCAUGCUGCAGGGCAACAUGGUGGCGGCACUCCAAGGUGGCGGCACCAAUGGCGCUACGGCGAUGGGCGGCGGUGGCGCUGGUGGCGCCGGACCUACGAAGACGCUGGUGGUGGCUGGUGCCGGUGGCGGCGGCGGCGGCGGUUACAUGUUUGCCGGAUCGGCGCAACAACAACAACAGCAACAACAACAGCAGCAGCAGCAGCAUCUGAGUCACAUGGCGUCUCUGAUGCACAGGGACGUUCCUGAGCUGCUACAACAGCAGCAGCAGCAGUUGCUACAGCAGCAGCAGCAGCAGCUGCAACAGCAGCAGCAGCAGCAGCUGCAGCUCCAGUUGACGUUCGACAACACGAAGCCACUUUCACACUUCGACCCGGAGCCAACGCAGAGUCCCGCUGGUGCCGCUGCUGCUGCUGCGGCUGCUGCCAUGUUGGCGACGAGGGUGAAGGCGGUGGGGGCGGUAGCGCCGGUUGGUUUUGCCGUGCAGCAGCAGCAGCAGCAGCAGAGGCAGCAGCAGCAGCAGCAGCACCAUCCGCUGGAGCAACAGAAACAUUUUCAUCUCAUGAAGCUGCAGCAGCAGCAGCAGCAGCAGCAGCGGAUGAUGCACGCGGCCAGCUUGCAGUACAGGCAGCUGGCACCACAUCUCACUCAGGAGCAAGCGGCGGCCAUGAUGGGACCACGUCCUUGCGGGCCCGGGGUCCCGGGCGGCGUCAGCGGUGGGGGGGGGCCCCCCGGUGGUGGUGGUGGGGGGCCCCCCGGUGUUGUGGGGGGCCCCCCCCCCGGUGGUGGUGGAGGUGGGGGGGGCCCCUUCCUGGGGGACCCCACGCAGGCGUCGCUGCUCAAGCAGAAGAUGCUCUUGGUGGACGAGAGGCAGCGGCUCGUCGAACAGGAGCACUACAGGAGGCGCCUGAUGGAGCAGCAGGAGAAGCAGCUGCAGCAGCAGGAGCAGAUCCGCAGGCACCUCACACGGCCACCGCCCGAGUACUCGGACCAGCAGCGCAGCCUGUUCAGCGGCCAGUACCCAGCGGUGACGUCCCAACCGGGGCCUCUCUCGGCGUCGCAGCAGCGGAUGCCUCCCAGCCUGCUGCAGGUCAUGGGGCAGCAGCAGCAGCAGCAGCUGCAGCAGCAGCAGCUGCAGCAGCAGCAGCAGCUGGCGGCGGUGGACACGCCAAACCAGAGCCCCGUCUCCGGCACCAUCUACCCGCCAGCGCCACCCGCGCCGGUGGCACCGGCUACCGGCGUGGGUGGCGGUGGCGGUGUCCCCGGCGUGACGAUGGCUGCGGCGGGCGGUGCAGCUGCAGCCGCAGCCGCCGCGGCAGCAGCUGCAGCUGCGGCGGCGGCGGCCGCCCUCUACGGAGGCCCCUCCCAGCACCACCCGCGCGCCACGCACAGCCCCAUGGGGGCGGCGGCGCAAGCGGCGAUGCAGCAGCAGCAGCAGCAGAGGCUGGCGCAGCAGCAGCAGCAGCAGCAGCAGGGGGUGGCGGUCGGAUCGACGGCGGCUGCGGCGGCGUUCUCUGCGCGGUUGCCCUCCAACGCGGCCGGCGUCGGCCAGCGCCUGCUCCUCGCCUCGGGCGGUGGCGCCGGCGCCGGCGCCGGCAACGCCGCUCAGCCGUGGCCGGGCGGCCGCGGCUUUGCCGGUCGCCCGCCGGCCCAGCGGCAACCGCAGGCGGCGGCGGCCCGCGGCACGACGCCCGGCGGGCCAACAACUUCCUCGUCCGUCGCGGCGUUGCAGCUGCAGCAGCAGCAGCAGCAGCAGCAGCAGCAGGCGGCGGUGGCGGCGAUGAGGGCUGCCGCCGCUGCUGCCGCUGCAGCCGGGCGCGGCCCCGGGGCGAUGCAGCCGGCACCCGGCGGCGUCGGCGGUGUCGGCGGCGUCGGCGUAGUCGCCCCGGGGAUUCGGCACUCGCCGCCCGGCGGAGUUUUGUUGGGAGUAGGAGGAGGAGGAGGAGGACCCGGGUAUCACGGCAACGGAGCCGGCGGUCCGGGCUUUUCGCCGGCGCCGCAGUCGUCCGGGGCGACGGCGUUGCCACGGACGACGGAGGCGGCGGCGGCGGCGGCGUCGGUACCGGCGUCGGUGCCAGCGGCGGUGCACGAGCUGGCGGGCUUCGACCUGUCGGCGCUGGGGAACGGAGCCGACUUCAUCGACUCGCUGGUGAGGGGGGGCGGCGGUGCCGGGGGCAGCGCCGACGAUUGGAUCAACGACCUGGACGACUUCCUGGGGUGACUGCGCUCCGCUCGGUUCAACGUUGUUUCAAGUCGUCCUCCCGCUCGCCCGCUCGCUCGCCCCGCAAGUCGUCCCGCUCGCUCGCCCGCCCGCUCGCCCGCCCCAACUCCCUCCAGUCUUCCACCACUGCCGCGUGGACUGA